AUGAUUAUGCGGCCUGUAGCGCGUCUAUAUUAUCCCUGUUAUGGACUUUCGCGUAAUAAACUAGUUAGACUUUACUCCACAGGUCCCAACUCGAAAUCUUCAUUACUCAAUGUGUGGAAACAGAAACUAGGAGAAUAUUGGGAUAAUUCCCAGAUAAAGAUGAACGACACAUUGGGAAAACUACGAGGGUACUCAAUGAAUCUUAAAAUUCAAUUAGAUAAGGCUCAAAAAUCUAUCCAAGAUGCAAACGAGAAGCUAGCUCGGAUGGAAAACGAUAGCCAUGAUAGCAACUUGAACUUUAAUGCAGAAGGAAAGAUCAAAGACUUACCAAGUGAACGAGAACGUCAUCGUAAAAAAUGGGCGCGUAAGAUGGAACUGUACUUAGACUCGCUACAAGAAACAAUUUUCACUGCAACCAGGGCUUUGAAUGAUGUAACAGGAUACUCCAGUAUCCAGACAUUGAGAAAUACAAUUGAGCUGUUAGAAAAGGAAUUGAAAGAUACAAAGAAACUUGUGAAUGAAGCUAAGGACCAAUAUGACACUGCAAUAAAGGCUAGAUCUGAAUCACAAAAGGAAGUCAACGAAUUGCUCCAGCGUAAGCAUUCAUGGACCCCGUCAGAUUUGGAAAGGUUCACUCAAUUGUAUAAAGAUGAUGCUGAAAACCUACAAUUACAGGAGCAAGCGAAGGAGAGGCUUGGAGAGCUCGAGGCUAAGGAGGAAGAAAUAUCCACUAAUCUAUAUCGAGCAAUUCUCACAAGAUAUCAUGAAGAACAAAUCUGGUCAGAUAAAAUCAGAAGGACUUCAACUUGGGGUACUUUUAUACUUAUGGGAGUCAAUAUUCUCUUCUUUUUUGUAUUCCAAUUACUCUUAGAACCAUGGAAAAGAAGGCGUUUGGUAGGAUCCUUUGAAGAUAAGGUCAAAAAGGCACUGGAUGAUCAUCAGAAAGAACAAACUCUGGCCAUUUCAGAAAUAUCUGGUAAUAUUGAUAGUUUAAUGGAUGGUAAGCUACAAGAAAAACCUAUAACUCCGAUACCACAACAAACAGAAGAUAAAACUGCUCCACCUGAACUAUACAAAAUACUGCAAGACCUUAAGGUAUGGUUAACCAUCCAACUGACUACAACUUACAAUAAGUUACUAGAUCUACUCCCUAAUCCAACGUUUACUUUCACUAAAGGCUAUUUCUAUUCAUAUUCCACCUUAAUAUUAACCGUAGGAAUGGUAUUUGGCCAUUACAUAUGA